AUGAGCACGCAACCCUUUCACGACGCCGACCGCGAGUUUGACCUCGUGGCGUACGGCGCGACCGGCUACACGGGGCGCCUCGUCGCCGAGUAUCUCUGCAAGCACUAUGUGGGGCCUGGCGGGGAGCUUUUGAUCAAGUUUGCUCUGGCCGCUCGCUCUUUGAGCAAGCUGCAGGAGGCGCGGCAGGCCGCAUGUAACUUGGCAGGCCGGAGUGAGAUCGCGGACAAGAUUCCGCUGAUUGUCGCAGACAGCGCGAACGAAGCGUCGUUGGUCGAGAUGUGCAAGCGCACGCGCGUCGUCGUUACCACUGUGGGGCCUUACCUCAAAUAUGGCGAGCCGCUCGUGAAGGCCUGCGUCGAGGCGCGCACGCACUACUGCGACCUGGUCGGAGAGAUGCCGUUCAUCGCGCGGACCAGUAAAGAGUACGGGCGACUGGCGGCCGAGCGCGGCGUGAAAAUCGUCCACUGCUGCGGCUUCGAUUCCGUGCCAAGUGACCUCUCUUGUCUGCUGCUGGAGGAGGCGGCGCUCAAGACUGCCGGCGCGCCCUGUGAAUCGGUUACCACGGGCGUCACCGAGGUUGCGGGUGGUUUUUCUGGCGGCACGCUGGACUCUCUGACCAGCCUGAAGACAGACAAGGAUACUUUUGAUCCGUACUAUCUAUGCAAACACGCUCUCCCAACGGACAAGCCCUUCACGCUACCGUCGAAGAUGCCUUCGCCAGUGCGACUUUUGUCGCACGACAGGGACCUCGGCUACGGCGGGUUUUUCGUCAUGGCUCCCUUGAACGAAAACGUCGUCCGCUGGUCGAACGCCCUCAUGGACAACAAGUACGGCAAGAAUCUCCUCUACAGAGAGAUGGUGACCACAAGGAACGGCGGCAUCUUCACCAACGCGUGCAUCUCUCUGUGCACGUACGCCGUGCUGUUCCUGGUCAGCAUUCGCCCUAUUCGUUCCCUCCUCCUCGCGUUCGGCCUUCUGCCACAACCAGGAGAGGGCCCUUCCCGCAAGACGCUGGAGUCGGGUUACUUUGAGAUGCGCGCUGUGGGCCGGACGCGCACUGCGUCUGGAAAGCGUCUUCGAUGCUCCGUGACCAUCGGCUCGAAGCUUGGCGACCCAGGCUACCACGAAACUGCGAAAAUGCUUUCUGAGUGUGGGCUCAGCCUGGCGUUGGACCUGGACAAGUGCACCAAAUACUGCGGUGUGGGGUCGCCGGCUGCGACUAUCGGCAACGUCCUCAAAGAUCGACUGGAAGCGAAGGGCUUCUACUUCAAAGUCGACGCGGAUGAAGAGGGGCAGGCGUAG